GCAGCACCUUCCAGUACAACAAGUUGGGUGAACCGUGGAAGAAACGUCCGGCAGCGCAGCAGGGGGUCCACGGCCGGUGCCAGUGCGUGUCAGUUCUUGAAAUGGCGGGUAUGGCGGCACUGAGGAUCCAGCAGCUUCGUGCUGUUAUUCAGCCAACUUCGUUUGCUAGUCGUAUCGUUGGCUGUCCAAGAGCUAAUACACCAAAUUUUGUUCAAACAGCAAGAAGUAUGUCGUCAGCUCCCACUUAUGAACACAUUAUGGUUGAGAAACGAGGAGAGGGUGGUAAUGUUGGCUUGAUCGUGCUGAACCGCCCCAGUGCUUUGAAUGCUCUCUGUGACCCACUCAUGAAGGAAGUUAAACAAGCAUUGCUAGAUUUGGAAGCAGACUCCUGUGUUGGCGCCAUUGUUCUUACUGGAAGUGAAAAAGCCUUUGCUGCGGGUGCUGAUAUCAAGGACAUGCAGAACAAGCAAUUUGUAGAAUGUUAUAACGGUAACUUCCUCAAUGACUGGAAUGUCUUGUCCAUUGUCAAGAAGCCAGUCAUAGCUGCAGUCAAUGGUUAUGCUCUUGGUGGAGGUUGUGAAAUGGCUAUGAUGUGUGAUAUUAUAUUAGCAGGAGACAAAGCCAAGUUUGGUCAACCAGAAAUUGUCCUCGGAACAAUUCCAGGUGCAGGUGGUACUCAACGCCUCACUAAAGCUAUUGGCAAGUCUCGUUCCAUGCAGAUGUGUCUGACGGGGGAUAUGAUUACAGCACAACAAGCAAGUUCAUGGGGACUGGUAAGUUCAGUGCACCCCCCAGAUCAAGUGGUAGAUGAAGCUAUCAAGCUUGGGCAGAAGAUUAGUCAACAUUCUAAACUGAUUGUGGCCAUGUGCAAGGAAUCUGUCAACAAUGCAUAUGAGUUAUCCCUGAGUGAAGGCCUGCACUUUGAAAAAAGGUUAUUCCAUUGCACCUUUUCCACUAAUGAUCGCAGUGAGGGCAUGACAGCAUUUAUUGAGAAAAGGAAACCUAAUUUCACUGAUAGCUGAAGUACUUUACUGUCAAGAUAGUGUACACUUCUCCUAGAGGUCAAGAAGAUAAUGUUUGGCUCCAGUAGUCUGCUUGGAUUUUGAGCUCCUAGAAUAUAUCAAUCAGUGCAGUCAAGUCUACAUUUAAAUAAAUAUAAACUAAAAACAGUUCCUCUAAUUUUGAGAGCAGGAAAGGCAAAAUCUAUUAACUUACUGAAGUUGGGGACACUGCUUAAUGGGGCCAUUGUAGUUAGGAGUGCAAUAAAAUGACUACCUACUCA